CUUAGCAUUUCCGGAAAUUUAUCAAGCGGGUGAACAAGACGCUUCCUUAUAAAAAUUUAAGAAAUAUAAUAAUCUUCAGUCGUUGAUAAACUUCAAUAUUUUGUGGGUAUUAAAUAAUUUACCCAGUUUAUUAUAAAGAGAAAAAUAAUCAUCUUUGUCGCUCAGUUUUUGAUUUUAUAAAUUUGCUUUGAUUGUCAGACUUUGUGACUUCAAUGCCGAAACCAAUGCAAUCAUUUAAAGGCAAUAUGUACAAUCGUGGAGUGAAGAGAGAUUCCUUUGGAAAUAGGAACUUCAAUAAUCGUGGAAUGGGUGGUGGUGGCGGCGGAGGCGGUGGUGGUGGAUCACGAGGUGGAAAUAUGGGAGGAGGUAUGGGCGGCGGUAUGGGAGGUGGAAUGGGAGGCGGAAUGGGUGGUAUGGGCGGUGGAAUGGGGGGUGGAAAUAUGGGUAGCGGAGUCAAUCCUUGGGAAGGUGGAAUGAUGCCAGGACGUGGAAUUCUUCCAACUCCAAAUAAUAAUUUGUCUCUGGCUUCUCCGCAAGCUCAACUUGCCAUCGCUAGCAAUCUUCUUUCCAACAUUCUACGCACCCAACAGGAAUCGCAACCGCAGAAAAGUAAUUUUACUGCCAAGGUGCCGUCAUUGUUGAGUUUGGGAAACAAUUAUGGCGGUCCAGGAUCGAAUUUCAAUAAUCAAGGAAACUAUCAACAAGGACGUUACAGUGAUCGUCCUUCUCGACACAACAUGAAAAAUCAACGCCCCCAGCCCUACAAUAAGAUGGGCAAUCGAGCCCGUGACGGAGCCACUGGGCGACGCGGCCCUUCCGCACAACACUCUCGUGCAUCCGGGAAUCAACGUCUCAAUGGCAGUCAAAAUCAACAUCGCAACGAUAAAUCUUCUAAAGCAAAUGCUGCCUCUAAACAAAAUCAGGCCGCCAAAAAGGAACAGCAGGGAGAUAAGAGCAAUAAGGCCUCUGAUAAGACCAAAGAAAAGGCAGAAACAUCUGUCGUCGAAAGUCAAGAUAAUGAGGAGACUGCAGAAAAUCAGAAACGCGAUUGGAGCCAAGAGCGAAAGGAAGGUGAAUCGAGUGAGAAUAAUGAAGAUGAAUCCAAGGAUGCAUCAAAGGCGACUGAUGAUAAUGAAUCGAAGGAAAAUAAGGAUGUCGAUUCAAAGGAUGAUAUUAAAAAGGAAUCCGACGAUAAAAAGGAUUCAAAUAAAACGCCCGUGAAAAAAUCAGAAGCAAGACAUGCUGAGAGUCGUUACUCAGAAGUUCCCAUGAAUCAAAUGUUCUGUCAUGUUUGCAACAAACAUAUGUGGGAUGGAUCGUCAUUCGAAAAUCAUCUCCGAGGACGUGCGCAUAAAUUAAUGAUGGAGAAACUUGAUGAAUCUUAUAAACUGAAAGUUGAUUUGAUGAGACACGAUUUGCGUGUAACUGAGGAACAACGCGAACUUAGCUUGACUAACUCAAAACGUCGUGGAAGAAAGGUUGGAAUUGAUUUAAAUGUACGAGAAUAUUGUACCAUGUGCGAUUUGAAUUUCUUUGGAACAUUGUCAAGUCAUCGUAAGAGCGAGAAACAUCAACAACUGAAAACUUUCCUUCAUCCACGUUGUUUAGCCUGCGUCAAGGAAUUCCCAUCUCGCAUUGAAUAUGAUGAACAUUGUCUCACACCCCAGCACAUGAAGAAUGCUGUUAAUAGUGAAGAACAACGAAGAAGUAAUAAGAAGAAGGAUAAACUCGCAAAGGGAGAAAACGAAGUUCGUACCGCUGAAGAAGAAGACAAAGAUAUUGGAACUGAAUCAAAGAACGAUAAGCUCGAUGAGACAUUGGACAGUUCGGAGUAUAUUACCGACAUUGAUGAGACUACUAAGGAAAAUAUUGUCAGUUUGAAGCCACCAUCUUAUAAAUAUUGCCGUCAAAAGCAAGUUUCAGUCGGAAAAUCUCUGGUGAAAGAAGUUCAAGGAUUCUUCUGCGAGAAAUGUCGUCGCUUUAUGCUUUCGCCCGAGGAUUUAGCCUCUCAUUUGCGAACAAUUACUCACUAUCGUAAUUUCAUUCAGGAAGUGAAGUCAUUGACAGCUGCCGCGAACGCUGAGGUUGAAAAGAAAAUCAAACAGGAAUCAGAGGCGGCCGAAGAGAAAUCAGUCGAUGAGGCAGAAGACAACGAGGGAAAUUGGAAGCGUCGUAAAAUUGCUCACUCCGACGACGAUGAGAAUGCAGAGAAUGCAGAGAAUAAUCAAUCGUGCACCGAUGGCAAUACCGAUGGAGAUGAUGAUAAAGCAGAAGCGAAAAAUGAAACCGGCGACAAAUAUGAUCCAAUGGAUGCGGAAAAUGAAUCAGAGAACGAAGAGGAGGAGAAUGCGAAUGAUAAUGCCGAAGGUGGAGAGGAGAAUGCUCAGGGCGAGCAGGACGGAGACGAGCAAAAAAAGAAUGAUGACGACCAAAAAAAUAAAGACGAUAAAGUUGAAUGGAGCGAUGGGGAAAAUGAAUUUGAACCCGAGGUUGGUAAUUUGAUGGACGAAAGUACCGAUGGUGGUAAAUCAGAGAAAGUUGAAGCACCAAAGUCAACCGCUGCUGUCAGAGGUCGUCCAUCACCACGUCCAAGGGGUCAACGAGCGCGAAGAUCACGCCGAUAAAAAAUUGAAAAUACAUGAAAAAAAAAUUAACGCUAUUUCAAACACCACUUUUUAAAAAAAUUUUUUUUAAUAGCUUUCGAAAUAGUAAUUUUUCUAAAAUAUCUUCUCAUGGCAAUUUUUCGAAUUAAUUAACUAUAAUUCGUAGCAAUUUUAGUACAAAUUGUACAAAUUGUAUUUCAUUCUCUUUUUUUUUUUUGAUUCAUUUGAUGUCGCGUAUAUGUCAUUAAUAAUUUUUUCCGGAAUUGUGAAAAAGAGCAUGAUUCAAUUAAUGUUUACUGAAAUUUUAUUUUCAGUGAUAUGUACCAUCGAUAAAAGGAAUUCAAAGACAUUCGAGAAUUUAUAUAGAAAAUAACGUUUUAGUUUUUCCGUUUUAAAGAAGACAAAGAAACAUGAUUCUCGUGUGUUUAUUUAAAAAAGAAGGCACAUUUUAUCCAAAUAGACAAAAAAAAAUUAAUUCUCUACAAAAAUUUCGUUGUCAUAAUAUUUGACUUGCAUUUUGUGUUUUUAAAUUAGAUGAAUUGGAUUCUUUUUUGUAAUUAUCAAUUGUGUAUGUUAAAAAUGCAACUUCUAUAUGCAUAGUCUAAAAUAUGAAAGUUCUCGAAAAAAAAGUUUCAGUCAUGUGUGUCAAAUAUAUUAAAUAGCUAGGUACAUAAUUAAUGGUAUGUACAUUUUAUUCAGAAAACUGGAGUAAGCUUGAAGUAAGAUAAAAAGUCAGUCUUUUAAUCAGUAAGAAUUACAAAUAGAUUACAUUUUUCAUUCCAGUAAUACAUAUUUGUGUUUAUAAUCUUUCAAUACAUAUGUAGCAAUAAAUAAAUAAAUCGUACUGAAAACA